GCACAAAUUGCUCUUACCUAGUAAGAGUCAAAAUCAGCUCUCUACUAAGCCUUCCAGUCACUCUAGUCUAUUCGAGACCGAAUCUGCGUUGCUUCGCGAUGAAGGCUGUGAUUCUAAAUCGGUUGUAGAUAACGGUUGCGAAAUAAUAAAUCAAAAGAUGCCUGAUAGCGACGGACUGGGUAAGGUACUGGAAGAGAUUGCUUUUGUCUCAAAUGACGAUCUACCAGAUCCAGUACUGUAUGCUGAUGGUUGUGUUGACGAUACCAAAAUCAUUAUGCUCUGUCAAAGACAGGAAAUGGAGCGACUGGGAAUGACCGUCAGUUCGGGAACGGUUGUGAUCAAGAAAGACUCUACUAACCUGAUAGGUAUUAGCAUCGGUGGAGGAGCACCUCUUUGUCCCUGCUUGUACAUUGUUCAGGUUUUCGAUGGAACUCCUGCUGCCCGGGAAGGAACCCUUCAAAGUGGUGACGAACUACUGGGCGUCAAUGGUGUCUCGGUUAAAGGGAAGACAAAGGUAGAAGUUGCCAAAAUGAUACAGGCUGCCACCGAAGAGGUGACCAUUCAUUACAACAAGCUGCAUGCUGACCCGGUUCAAGGUGAAACCUUAGAUAUUGUUCUCAAGAAGAUGAAGCAUCGAUUGGUAGAGAAAAUGUCCAGCAGUACUGCCGAUACUCUCGGUCUGUCUAGAGCAAUUCUAUGCAACGAUUCGCUGGUGAAACGAUUACAAGAACUGGAACGAACGGAGGCCAUGUAUAAGGGUUUGGUUGAACGAGCCAAACGAAUGCUAAAAGCUCAUUUUGACGUACUUCAAACUUAUCAAUCUUUCGGAAACGUUUUUGCGGCUAUCAGCGUACGUGAACCACAACCAAGAGCAUCGGAAGCUUUCCGUAUUUUUGCAGAAUUACAUCGGAGCAUGGAAAAAGAUGGCAUAAAAAUGAUUAAGACUUUGAAACCAAUCCUAGCAGAUUUGGGAACUUAUCUUCACAAGGCCAUACCAGACACCAAGCUAACGGUGAAACGUUACGCGGAUGCUAAGUUUACUUAUCUUUCGUACUGUCUGAAGAUAAAAGAAAUGGAUGACGAAGAGCACAGUUAUGCGGCCAUUCAGGAGCCGCUCUAUCGUGUUGAAACCGGAAACUAUGAGUACCGCCUCAUCCUACGUUGUCGGCAAGAAGCAAGGGUUAAAUUUGCCAGAUUGCGAAGUGAUGUUUUGGAGAAAAUGGAAUUAUUAGAGUGCAAGCAUGCUCGAGAUUUAGCGUCCCAAUUAAGAAAAUUUGUGCAAGGUCUUUCAGAUCUGGCAAAUGAAACUGUUGAACGAUUGGAAUCAAUUCCAAACCUGUUUCCCAUCGAAGUGGAUUUAAAAUCUAGUGCCUUCCAGUAUAAAUCGGCCAUAAAGUUUCAGUCAGAAGAGGAAGUGGAAGAAGAUAUCCAACAAGGCGAGGAAGCGAUGGAGUCAACAGUUUUACAAACUGCCAAAGAGAAUGGUUCCACUAGUUAUGAAGGGCCUUCGAUAGACCAGCUACUGUCUGGCUUUGAAGAGAUUGACUUAAAUAAAAACAAAGGGAGUUCAAACAGUAACAACGAUUUGUUGGUAGAGCUCGGACUUGAUAAUAUAGAUCUUUCCAUUGAAAAACAACCGAAUUUGAUGGAUGAACUGUUAAUGGCGGACAUGUCGGAUUUCAGCAAAUAA